GUUUUGAGGCUCAAGUUUUCAUUUUUUUCUUCUUGAAUUUGUUUUCUUUCUUUCUUGUCCUCUACUGCCAAUCGAACUCAUCUGGGUUCUGGUAGAUGGGUUUGUGUAAAUCCUCUCAAACUGUUUCCAUUUGCAUAAAACGGCUAUGUUUGUUUUCCCCUUUUGAAUUAUUUUUUAUUUAAUCAGUUUCACCACUUCAUUCUCCUGAACCCACUUUGGGUCCUAUCCUUGAUACCCAGUUAUGAUAAGCUAUUGAAAAGGGUAAAUGUAAAUGGGUUGUUCUCUUUGUUGAAAUAUCUUGACUGAUUUUGGGUUAUUACUUGGAUGUGAAUGCUAGAGUUUUGUCAGCAAAAUCUUGUUUUUUGUACAUAUUUUCUUGAAAAAAAUAUGUUGUCUAAAUAAUUUCAAUCGUCCACUUGACAAGUCAUUGUGUAAUUAACAUAUAUUUUUGUUCAGAUUUAGAGGUCUCAUAGCUAUCUCCUUGCUUCUUGGUCUUCUUGGAUACAACUAAAUUGAGGGGUUGUUUUUUUCCCCUAUAAAAAACCAACUUCUGCUUGAUUUAGAAGGUGCAAAGAGUAGGAGUAAAGGAGAUAAAGUGGCUUAAGAAAAGAGAGAAAGAAAAAAAUUUGAUAUUGGUUUGAUCUCUUUUGGGAUUUUCAGAUCCAAAUCAGUUGAGUUUUUGUUUGUUGGUGGAGUCAUGGCUUGCAUGUUAAAUUCUGAUUCAAGGCGCUUGUACUCUUGGUGGUGGGACAGUCACAUUAGCCCCAAGAAUUCAAAAUGGCUUCAGGAGAAUCUUACAGACAUGGAUGCCAAAGUCAAAUCUAUGAUCAAGCUCAUUGAAGAAGAUGCGGAUUCCUUUGCAAGAAGGGCGGAAAUGUACUAUAAGAAACGCCCUGAGCUCAUGAAACUAGUCGAGGAGUUCUACCGAGCAUACCGUGCGCUUGCUGAAAGAUACGAUUAUGCAACUGGGGAGCUCCGUCAUGCCCAACGGACUUUGCAAGCAGCGUUUCCCAACCAAGAACCUUUUGGACCAGCCGAAGAUUCAUCAUCUUCGAUCACUACAUCUGACUUAUCUAGUCAACUUCUGGCUCUCUUUGACCCUGAUGACCUGCAAAAGAAGUUUCCAGAAGGAAAGAUACAGAAUAUUGAUGAGAAUGAUGAAAUCAAGGCCAAAAUUUUUAUAGAAUCUGAGCGUGCAGAUAAAGCGGAAUGUGAAAUUCAGAACUUAAAGAAGGCUCUGGCUGAUGUACUUUCAGAAAAGGAAUUUCUUCUCGUUAAGUAUCAAGAGAGUUUGGAGAAAUUUUCUAGUGUGGAUGGAGAACUUAAUCGUGUUGUAGAAAGUUCCAAGAAACUAGAUGAAAAAGCAAGUGAAGCAGAAAGAGAAGUCCGUAUGUUGAAAGAAGCUCUUGGUUUAAUGCAGGCUGAAAAGGAAGCUGGUUUGACCAAGCAAAUGGAGUAUCUGGAAACGAUAUCAGAUUUGGAGGAGAAGAUCUCACAUGCCCAAGAAGAAGCAAAGGGAAUGGGAAAACGGGCAGUUGAAGCAGAAACUGAAGCUCGACAUCUGAUGAACAAACUCGCUAUAUUAGAAUCCGAAAAUGAUGCAGGUCUUCUGAACUAUGGAAAGUGUCUGGAUAGAAUAUCCGUUCUGGAGAAGAAGAUUCUAGAAAUGGAGGAAGAAGCCAAAAUGUUCUCUACACAAGCUGCUAGAGCUCAGGAGGAAGUUGAUAAGCUGAGAAAGGAUCUUUCCGAGUUAAACGAGGAAAAAGAAGCUCUUCGUGUUUUAUAUGCAGAAUGCUUGGAGAAAUCAUAUAAUCUACAACUUGAUCUUUCUUCCGCCCAAAAGGAUGUUCAACGCCUGAAUACUGAAAUUCUUGCAAGAACUAAAAGCCUUCAAAGUGCUGAAGAGAUUUGCGUUCGUUUAGAGAUUUCAAAUCAAUCUCUGAAGCUGGAAGCAAGUGAUUUGGCCAAGAAAAUCAUGUUGAAAGAUCAAGAAUUAUGUGAAAAGCACGAGGAUUUGGAGAAACUUCGAAGCUGUGCAAAAGACGAACACACGCAUUACGUGCAAGUCGAAGCUGCUCUACAGACCUUGCAGACUUUAUAUACCAGAUCUCAAGAAGAGCAGAGAGCUCUUGCACUUGAGCUUAAAAACGGGCUUCUAAUGGUGAAAGAUUUGGAGAUUUGUAAAUCGGGUUUAGAAGAAGAAAUGCAACAAGUUAAAGAUGACAAUAAGAGCUUAAACGAACUAAAUGCAUCUUCUGCUGUUUCGAUUAAGAAUUCAGAAGUUGAAAUCCUUGGAUUGAAUCAAAUGAAGGAGAGACUUGAAGAUGAGGUAGCACUGCAACUGGGUCAAUGCAGUGCUAUGCAGCAAGAAAUAUGCGGAUUGAAAGAAGAAAUUACGGAGUUGAAUACGAGCCACCAGGCUUUGAUGAGUCAACUCGAGUUGGUUGGUUUGAAUCCAGAAUCUUUUGGGUCAUCAGUAAAAAACGUUAAGGAACUUCUUGAGAAGAAUACUGCUUUAGAGAGCUCGUUGUUUGAUGUAAACUGUGAACUAGAAGGAUCAAAAAACAAGGUUGAGGAGCUGCAGAGUUCGUGCGAGUUGUUACAUGGAGAAAAAACCGCUCUAUUUCUUGAAAAAACCCUUCUUUUGUCUCAAUUACACAUUAUUACUGUUAAUAUGCAAAAACUCAUGGAUCAAAGCAUUGUUCUUGAGAACUCUCUCUCUAGUGCAAAUGUUGAACUUGAACAUCUGAGAGAAAAAUCGAAGGGAUUAGAAGAACUCAGCGAGUUUCUCAACGAUGAAAAGUCUAAUCUUGUGGCAGAGAGAAGCAUGUUGGCAUCUCAGUUGGAAAGUGUCCAGAAAAGACUAGAAACUCUCGAGAAACGGUUUACGCAGUUUGAAGAACGAUAUGGUAGCCUUGAGAAGGAAAAAGAAAUCGGAAACUCUCAAAUCCAAGAAUUAGUGUGUUCUUUAAGCAUGGAGAAGCAAGAACGAGAGAGUUUUAUGACCAGAAACCAGAAACGGUUAGAUGAUUUGGAGAAUCAUAUUCAUCGUCUUCAUGAAGACAACAAGUGGAGGAAAGAAGAGUUUCAGGAAGAACUUGAUAAAGCUGUGAUCGCCCAGUUUGAGAAUUUCAUCUUACACAAAUUUAUACAAGAUGUAGAAGAAAAGAACUAUACCUUGUUGGUUGAGCGUGAGAAACACGUUGAAGCAUCCAAAUUGGCUGAUAAUCUGAUUUCCGAGCUGGAGACCGAAAUUCUUGAACAACAGGUUGAAGAAGAGCUCUUGUUAGUUGAAGUUGAAAAUCUGAGGUUGGGGAUUUAUCAAGUAUUUUUGGCUCUCCAGGUUGGUUCAAAAGGUGGUUUUGUAGAUGGGUAUGAAACUUCAAAGAUCUCUGUCGAAGAGAUUAUCAGUAAUAUCAAGGAUAUGAAAUGUGCUCUCUUGAAAGAAGAAGAAGAAAAGCAGCAGUUAUUGGUUGAAAACAAGAUCGUUUUAACUCUCCUCCAACAACUCAAAUUGGAGUUUCAGGAAUCGGAGUUACACAAAACUUCCCUGAUUAACGAGUACGAAAUCAUGAAGGAUGAUUUUACAAAGGCCAAGAAUGAGAAACUUGAACUCAUUGAAGUCAACAGGCAGUUGAUAGUUGAGGUCAACAAGGGAGAAAAUGAAGCAAAGAUACUUAAGAGUGAAGUUGAGGGUCUACAUGCAAGAAAAGAUGAAUUACAACAUGCGUGUAUUGAUCUACAAGAUGCAUAUGCUCAAGAACUUUAUGAAAACCGAGCCCUGAAGAAAGAUUUAUUGAAUCUGAAGGAAGAAAAUGAUUGUCUAGUUCUAGAAUCGUUAGCUCUUGGUAACAUUUCAACUGUUUUCAGUAGCUUUAGUGCCGAGAAAGCUGCAGAGCUACGUUUGCUGUCUGAUGAUCUGGAAAGCCUCCAUCGGUUCAACAGUGAGCUCCAAAACGAGCUUAUUGUGUUAAGAGAGAAGUUGGAGGUAACAGAAAAGGAAAACUUUCUUAUGAAACGUACGAUUGAGCAGCUGGAGUCAAAAUGUGCAGAAUCAGAAGUCAAAGUAGAUGCUUUGGAGAAAGAAACGGUCAAACUAUCCAAUCUGAAAAAGGAGAUGGAGUGCCUGCGUGUAGUGAACGGAAAUCUUGGAUUGGAAUUGGAUAUGUUACAUGAAGAACUUGAGGAACGGAGAAAUAUAGAAGAAAAUUUGGCUUCAGAGCUGCAAGAAAGAGAGAAUGAGUUUGAAUUGUGGGAUGCUGAGGCUACUUCCUUCAUUUUCGAUCUUCAAAUAUCAAACACGCGUGAUAUUCUCUUUGAAAAUAAAGUUCACGAGUUGGCUGGAGUUUGUGAGAGUCUUGAAGGCGAAAUUGCUUCAAAAGAUGUGGAGAUUGAAGAGAUGAAACGAAAGGAAAGCAUGAUGGAGAGUGAAAUCGAAGGAUUAAGGGCCCAGUUGCGUGCAUAUACUCCGGUUAUUGGUUUUUUGAAGGAGAAUAUAGCAUCUCUCGAGCAUAACUUUUUCAAUAUGGCGAAUCUUAUUGUAUCUGACAACCGGAAAUCAGAGGAUGUGGAAGUGGCAGUUCAUCCCUAUCAUCAUCAAACUGAUCCAGAGUUAAUGGGGAGUCCAAAAUCCCUUGAACCAAAUGGGAUUGCAGAUUUGAUCGAGUUUCAGACAAGGAUAACAGCACUCGAAAAAGUAAUCGUGGAAGAUAUGAGCAAGAUUGCUAAGCGGGACAGUUCAGAAACCGACAUCAAAUCAAGAUCUGCAAAAUUAGAGACCCAAGAGUUGAAAUCUCAAUUCAGGUCCAGUGAAGACCAAAAACGGACCAAAGCAGAAAAGCUGCGUGGGAAACGUUAUCUAACGUUAGAUAAUCUCAACCUCACAAAGACUAAACCAGAAAUGUCUGAAGUAAGGAAAGGGGUUCCAAUAAGAGACAUUCCACUUGAUCAAGCAUCAGAUGGCUCAUCCUCUGCAAAUAGCAGGAGCAGAAGCAGAAGAGGGUAUUUGCGGACUGAUGAUAUGAUUAUUGAGCAACUGCAAAUGGCGCACAGAAUCCACGAAACCGAAAAGAAAUCCAAAAAGCUGCCAUAUGAGCCACAGAUCGAGGAUUUUGGUGUUGACAAGUUGGAAGUAGUACCUCAUCAAGAAGGGACAAAAGGAAAGCUUUUGCAGAGACUGGCUUCAGAUGCUCAAAAACUGGCGAAUCUUGAAACAACAGUGAAAGAUCUGACAAAAAGGUUGGAAACUGGAAAAAAGAGCAAAAAACCCCAUUCUGUUGAUUUUGGAACCGUGAAAGAACAACUAGAAGAAGCCGAAGAAACCAUUUUGCAGCUGGUGAAUGUGAACGUGGAAUCAACAGCCAGCAUUGAAAAGAACCCGUCUUUAUCAGCUUGGGUGGAGCAAGAAGAUGCGUGGAAAGGGUCGGAAAGAAUCAAAAGGGUGCAGUUGGAGGUCCAGAAGAUCCAAUAUGUGUUGCUGAAACUAGAUGAUGAAAAGAAAAGCAAAGGGAAGAGCGGGUUUUCAAGAACCAAAAGCAGAACGAGCGUGAUUUUGAGGGAUUUUAUUCAUCAUGGCAAAAGAGGCAGCAGCAGUGGAAGACGGCGUCGACUUUGUGGGUGUUUUAUGCCAUCUGCGACUAAAGGAGACCGAAUCAGAAUGUAGGUUUUAACUUUGUGACUGCAUGUUUAUUUUAUGUUAUGGAUCUUGAAAUGUUUCUUUGCAGGUCUAGAAUCUAGAGUAAUUGCCAAGAACACGCUACCUUAUUUGAUUCAUUUUCAAGAAACCAUCAUGAUCUUAUUUGACUUCUAGUUAACUAGUUUUGUGUAUUGGGAAAUUGGGAUGGAAACUGGAGAAUAAUUGUAAGGUUUGAUCUUUAUUAUGCAAGUUCUAUCCUCCAUUUUG